AUGGUCAAAUGGAAUUGGGGCCGAAAGAAGACUGAUAAUUCUAAGAAAGGGAAGCAGAAGCAAGGAGCGACAAUAGAAGAUACCCUUGAGAAUAAUACUUCGUUAAUAGAUUUAUUGAAUGAUUGGAGAAAUGAAACAUCGUCGCCUUACAACACCACCAAUAUUCUCAAUAAUAACGGUCAAAAUGAUCUUUAUAAGGAAAAGGAGCUUUUAUUCCAAAGAAACAAAAAUGCCGGCGCCGACCUCUAUAGUUGCGACGAUGACCUUAAUGGAAUUACCAAUACUUUUCAACACUCCUCACAAAAUGAUGAAGGUUCAGCAUCAGGAAUCAUUCAAGAAGAUUUAGACACAGUAAUAGAUACAAACACUCAUCUUGAUACAGCACAAACUAUUAUAGCUAGACCGCUUAGCGAAAUGCCCUCGGCAUCAAAUCUCAAGGUCUCUCAAAAACCACCACAUAUACUCACCACAAAAGAAACAAGUGUUUACAGUGAAAAUACAAAAAAGUAUCAUCAGAUCAUUGAUUGCUUGGAUGAGUAUGAAGAUCAACUCAAUGUCAUGAUGCAAGAAUUUCAAAACAGACCUAAUAUAAAAGAUAGCAACAAUUACAAUUCGAAUAACAACAGCGAUGGUGAAAGUAUAAUAUCAUCGUCUACUACAGAUGAUAAUUCAUUAUUUACCACUCCAAGAAGAAAUAAUAUCGCAACCCCUACUAGUGAUGUUUACGAUAUGACAGAGUCCUCCUAUUCUGCAGUGUCUUUGAAUGAAAACAAUUGUAAAAAACAAGGCGAAUUUCAAUAUAAGUUGCCUAAUACUAUUGAACCUUCCAAAAUACAUCCACAGCAAUCAAAGCAGAUAAAACAACUGAAUAGAAUGUUAUUGCCUUUGCUCAAUGAUGAACCGGAAAAUUCCAAAGCCGUGUUGAUAAAGGAGUUAGCUAUCCCAAGAACUGAACGGGGCUCUCUUUUAGAUGACUCGGAGCUCGAGUUGAAUGAGCACAAUGACUAUAAUUCUCUAAUUGCGAAACAAUAUUUCUCAACAAGAAAACAAUUAAUUGCAAUAGGAAACUCAUCAAAAAAAGGCACAAAACAUAUAACUUUUAAAAAACCAAUUGAAAUGGUACCACAAUCUUCAAAUAUCUUUUCGCCCACCAAAAAUUUAUUUCCUAGAGAUAAAUCAGAACUCAUUGAAUAUCCUAGAAAAGCCGAUGAAAAUCAGUCUAAAAAAAUUAAGGAGAUUGGAAAAAAUUCUUCUUUGAACCAAGAUUUUGGCGGGGAUAGAAUCAAGAAGCAAAGUUACUUCAAAAGUGAAUUUGACAAACCAAAAACAACUGCAAAUCCAUUUUACAAAAGAUCAAACGAAAGUUUACUUAGGAGCAAUAACCCAGCCAAUUCAUUCAAGAAAAUAUCCUCGCCUGAUUUUGGCGACCAUGCUUCUGUUGCAUAUUCUACCUCUUCUGAUCGCUCCUCAAUUAAAUCCAAUAUAUCGUCUUUUGAUAGCCCUGAUUUUAAGAUCAGCAAGCAGCAACAUGAAAAGCAAGACCUUCCAGCUUAUAUUUUCAAUCAUAACCCAAAGGCUUCCAAGAAUGCUGGUGGAAAAGAGCGCAUGAAAUUGAACAGGGCCUCUUCGGUGUACAUGAACGAACCCGUUGCUGAUUUUAAAAACAUUGAUUUAUCGGAUAACCCAUUACCCCAAAUUGGUAACUUGUUGAGUGGAAAUCUAAGUGUAGAUUUUAAUAUCUCAUCGAAUCCGUACGAUGAUUCUUCCUUUCUGAAUCCUUAUAGAUCCUUCACUUCAAACACUUCAAACCCGUACCUAAAAAAUUCUUCCAAUGCAUACAGCUCAUCAAAUUCCAAUCCAUAUCUUUAA